UGUUUGGGCUCAGCGGGACCAGGGCAGGACCCGAGCUCGGAGCUCGCGGUUCCUGCUGCCGGCUCUCCCUGCGUGCUGGGACCGGAGCCUGCCCGCCCUCCGCCGGGCCCUGCGGGACGGAAGCGGGGCUCGUCCUUGGUGGGGCUCGGAUGGCGUCGGUGAGGAUCCGAGAGGCCACGGAGGGAGACUGUGGAGACAUCCUGAGGCUGAUUCGGGAACUGGCUGAGUACGAGAAGCUCGCGGACCAGGUGAAGAUCAGUGAAGAAGUCCUGAGAGCAGAUGGCUUCGGAGAGAAUCCUUUCUAUCACUGUUUGGUAGCAGAGUUUCUUCCACCACCCGGGGAGCCGCAGGAGCGCCGCGUGGUGGGCUACGGGCUGUACUAUUUCAUCUACAGCACGUGGAAGGGACGAAACAUUUAUCUGGAAGACAUCUAUGUGAUGCCACAAUACCGGGGUCAAGGGAUUGGAACCCGGAUAAUCAAAAAGGUGUCUGAGGUGGCCCUGGAUAAGGGUUGCUCCCAGUUCCGCCUGGCAGUUUUGGACUGGAACAAGAGGGCGGUGGGCUUGUACAAGGCUCUAGGAGCUCAAGAUUUGACGGAAGCAGAGGGCUGGUGCUCCUUUCGAUUUGAGGAAGAAGCAAUGAGGUCAUUGGCAGGAAGAUGACGCCAUCCUUUGGAUCCGUCUCUGUGCUCCCCACUUUAAGUACUCCCCAAACUAUAUCCGCAGACACUACUACCCCAGAGGCCUCCCUGAGGAAGGAGGGUCGUUGGUGCAGAUUCCUAGAGUACAGAAAUGAGUGGGAGGCCUUCUUCAAGGUGAAAGAAAAAAAUAAAAGAUUUAGUGUCCUGAUGUGAUGUUGGGUAGAGCAGCUGAUAUGUAAUAAACUUCAUUCAGCCGCUUAAAA